AAUAUAAUAUAUCAGAUCAAAACCGGUGCAACUUGUAACAUAACCUUAAUAAAUGCGCUUCAUUUUGUUUAUAGAAAACAAUUUAUGUGAACAUUUUUAAUAAUUAUUAGUUUAUCAAUGUAAUUGUAGACUAAUUACAAUAACACAGUGUGAAAAAAUGAGUGAGUCCAAUGAAUCAAUUGAAAGUGUCGGAAAUCUAAAUGAUUAUAACAACGAAAAGGACAAAGAUUUUACACUCGAGGACUGUCAAAACGAAUUAGAUAGUGAAGAUUCUUUGGUUUUUGAAAAUUUUAAUGAUGUCGAAGAGACUCCAAGUGCUUCAACUUCUCAGAAAGGUAAAAGAGCAUUUUUGCGAGUUAUUGAAAGUGCCAAAGAAUUCACAGGUGUAGUUCUUCCCGGAGGUCAUAGAUUUGAUCGCAAAUUAAUUUGCAUUAAAUAUCCUGGAAAUGUCAUUAAUCCUGAUAACGCAAUCAAAACGCUAGGAGGACUCAAUGGAAUUUCAAAGGCAGUUGACGUUAAUAAUAGGAGAUUAGAAUUACGCUUUAGACCCGAGGAAGGUUACAGUAAACCAGCUUGUGGUGAUAGGAAUAACACUUGUGGUUUUUUAUUACGUGUGAGAGUGAAAAAAUCGAGAGCCGUUCAAGUAAAUGAUAGUGAAUUACUGCAACAAAAUAAUACUCAAAUCAGUAAGAAACAAAGUAAUUUCGAAACAGACGGGAGUAACAGAAAUAAUCCCUAUGGUGCACCAGAAAACAUUCCGCCCGCUUUUGACAGACAAAAAUAUGAAAAUUUGUCCUCUGAUCAAGACUACGAAUUGCCUAAACUUAAAGUUUUGGGACGAGUCGAUACGGAAUUUAAAUUUACAAAUUUGUGCGACUUUCAAUAUUUGCCAAUAGUAAAGAAUCCAGUAACAAACGAGGAGGAAUGUAUAUACGAUAAAAUAUAUCCAAGGGAUAUUCCACGUUAUAAAUGGUUGGAUGUGGAGGUUCCUUAUUUUUUACCACCAGCUGCAUUCAGUAGAAUGGUGAGUGUACAGCAGUACGUGCCAAAAACUGUAUUAGAUUCCGAGCCAAUGAAUGUUAUUGGAAAGACGAGAAAACGACGUCAUGGAUUUUCGAAUUUUGUCAAUUUCACUGAUCCCGAAGUGCCAUUUAAUCCACCAAAAGGUAUCGACACGGCAAUGAGAGUGAAAUUUCUACAACAUUUCCAUCUUGAGAAAAUUGAAAAAUUAUUUCAAGAGCGUCCAGUAUGGUCGAAAAAUGCGCUAAUGCAUAAGACUAAUUUCACCAGUGAUCAAUUGAAGAUUUUAUUGCCAUCGGUUGCUUAUUAUUUUCUCACUGGUCCAUGGCGUGUUAUGUGGGUGAAACUAGGUUACGAUCCUAGAAAGGAUCCAUCGGCGAGGAAAUAUCAGACUUUGGAUUAUCGAUUGAAGGCGAUGCAUGGUUUGGGAGCUACUGUAAAGUGCAAAAGAAAUUAUUCGGAAUAUAAUUUGCCAUAUAAAUCGACUCCUGUUUCAAAGCAAAAAACGAUGAUUCUUUCGCCGAAUUUCAGUCAGGAGACGCAAAAGAAGAAACGAAAUUUGAACGAGAAUGUUUAUAUUUAUAAAGAAGGUGUAAUUCCUCCCUCUCGUCAAAUGUUUUACAUGUAUUGCGACAUUCAUGUGGAAGAAAUUCAGGAAAUGUUGACAAAACUUCCGAAACCCUUGGCAGGCACGAAAUGCGACUCAAAAUUAGGCUGGUUACCGAGUGGUUUCGAUGCUCAAUGCCGAGAAAUAAUCAAUCGACAAAUUCGCGCCGAACUUCGUAAACAAAAUAACAUUCCAGAAGAUCAUCCUACGUCAUUGCCUCGACGGAAGAAAUUUGCGGGUCGAAAAAUGCUUUCUACGAAUAAGAAGAAACCAUUGGCGAGGCGAAAAGCAAAUUUCCGUUUAGUUAAUUCAAUGGAAGAAUCGGAACCAGAAUCAGUUGAAUCUUUCGGUGAUGAGGAAGCUCCAGAGGAUGAUAGAUUAAUAAUUGCUGACGAUAAUAAUUAAUUUAGUUAUUUUAAUAAAAAAAAGGUUUGAUAAAAA